AUGGACCAGCCGACGGACGUGACCCUGCAACCCACAGGAUGGGCACGCAGCGAAUCCAGCGACAGCGUGCAUGCUGCCGACCAGGUACGGAAGGUUCGCUCGCGUCGGGUCGACGAAGAUGGCUGGUCACUGCAGGAGCGCAUCGCAACACUUCUCACCUGGAAUGACGGUGCCAGGCUGCUCGCAGAGAAGCUUUACGUGCGGUUUCAGGGGCGCUGUGAGGAGCUCCCGCAGCUCCUGGAGCGCUUGGAGGGUCGCUGGGGCUUUCCCGGCCGCCUCCUUCCGCUCCUCUGGGCCCAGGCAACGGCGCAACUGCUUGCGCCCCAAGUAUAG